AUGGCCACCCAAGGCAGGAAAAUGUCAGGCCUCAUCCCCAGAGGGGUUGUUCUCCAGAAACAGGAGGGAAUCCUGGCCAUCCAGAAAGAGCCAGGGAGCCAGACGUGGGGGCAAGGCUGCAGUCUCCAAAAGACGCACCCUCCUGUCUGUGAAAAUUUCCAGCUGCACUUCAGGCAGUUGUAUUACCAUGAGAUGUCUGGGCCAAGGGAGGCACUGAGAUGGCUUCAGAAGCUCUGCCACUGGUGGCUGAUGCCUGAGGUACACACCAAGGAGCAGAUCCUGAAGCUGCUGGUGCUGGAGCAGUUCCUGAGCAUCCUGCCAGGGGCGCUGCGCACCUCGAUGCAACUGCACUACUUCGAGAGCGGUGAGGUCUUGGCUGUGGUGCAGGAUUUCCAGAGACACCUCAGUGGAUCAGGAGAGGUUUUAGCUCCAGCACUGGAAAAUGAAAUGCAUUAAGAAGAGAUGAAAGAUCUGGGUGCAGCUAAGGAGUCUCCUCCUAGCUCACCCCUCAGUGAGGCUUUAUCCCCUGGAACCCAGUGUGACCCAGCAACAUACCACUUCCCCAAUGGAAGUCAACAUGUAGAUAAUUCCUCUAAAAGACCUUUGGAAUGCCCCAAGCAAGAGAAAAUGCGGAGAGUGACAAGAAGCUUCAAACAUAAGACUGCUCACGACAAUAAAGCACUGCCAGAAGCAAGUGCCCAAGAAUCUGAAAAAGACCAGUGCUCUGAUCCUGUAAAUGAGAAAAUUCAAGCUAAUAAGAAACAGUAUGUAUGUACAGAGUGUGGGAAAGCCUUCAAUCAGAGUGCAAACCUCACGGUGCAUGAGCGAAUCCACACAGGAGAAAAACCCUAUAAGUGUAAGGAAUGUGGGAAAGCCUUCAGUCACAGUUCCAACCUUGUCGUUCAUCGGAGAAUCCACACUGGCCUUAAGCCCUACACGUGCAAUGAAUGUGGGAAAUCUUUCAGUGGUAAGUCACACCUCAUCAGACACCAGGGAAUCCACAGUGGGGAGAAAAUUUACGAAUGUAAGGAGUGUGGGAAAGCCUUCAGUCGGAGUUCUGGUCUUAUUUCACACCACCGAGUUCACACUGGGGAGAAGCCCUACACUUGUAUUGAAUGUGGGAAAGCUUUUAGUCGAAGUUCAAACCUCACUCAGCAUCAGAGAAUGCACAAAGGGAAAAAAGUUUACAAAUGUAAGGAGUGUGGGAAAACCUGUGUUUCUAAUACAAAGAUUAUGGAUCAUCAGAGAAUCCACACCGGAGAGAAACCUUAUGAGUGUGAUGAGUGCGGCAAAGCUUUUAUUUUGAGGAAGACCCUUAGUGAACAUCAGAGACUUCAUCGUAGAGAGAAACCUUACAAAUGUAACGAGUGUGGGAAAGCUUUUACUUCUAAUCGAAACCUUGUUGACCACCAGAGAGUUCACACUGGAGAGAAACCCUAUAAGUGCAAUGAAUGCGGAAAAACCUUCAGGCAGACCUCUCAAGUUAUUUUACAUUUGAGAACCCAUACUAAGGAGAAACCCUAUAAAUGUGAUGAGUGUGGGAAAGCCUAUCGGUAUAGCUCACAGCUUAUUCAACACCAGAGAAAACAUAAUGAGGAGAAAGAAGUCUCAUCUUAAGCACUGUAGGUCUUAGAACUAACUGCUUGUUUCUGGAAAAGAAAGUUUUUCUUUAACAGGGUUAGUAUCAUCAACUGUAACCCUGUUUCUAAGAUUCCAUACAAGAAAAUAACCAGAAGUAGAUAAAGAUUAAUAAAGAGGGGCUGGAGCGAUAGCUCAGCGGGUAGGGCUUUUGCCUUGCACGCGGCCGACCCUGGUUCGAAUCCCAGCAUCCCAUAUGGUCCCCUGAGCACCGCCAGGGGUGAUUCCUGAGUGCAUGAGCCAGGAGUGACCCCUGUGCAUCGCCGGGUAUGACCCAAAAAGAAAAAAAAAGAUUAAUAAAGAAUAUUUACACAAACAUAGCAUACCACUGGAGGAAGAAAACUAGACUUUCAACUGCAUAGGGUUUAAAUGAAAGAUGGUCUGUCCACAGUAGAUUUUGUGGCCCUUCUGAGCAUUUUCAAAGAAUAGUGAAUCCCAAUGGGCAAAUAUUUGGAUAAAGUGAAUGAUAGAAGGAAGAAAAAACAAUGAAGUAUGAUUGAAAGACAUUUAUGCAUAGGGACAAAAGGGAAUGAAAUAAAACCAAACCAAAAUGUUAGUAGUUAUUAACUCUGGAUAAUAGAUUUGUAGGUGAUUUCUAUUUUUCCCUUUAUACUUUUUUAUGUUUUCUAGAUUUUCUACAAUGAGAAUGUACUACUUUUAUAUUCAGGGAAAAUUUACAGUAUUUUAAAAAUGCAGUUAAUCUGUGAUUCUUUUCAUUGAACAGUGUUAUAAAGACAUGUAGAACUCUGAAACCUUGGGCACUUAGUAACUGUGAAACCACAGCAAAUCAUGCCCUUUUAAGAUUCUGUUUCCUGGGGCUGGAGUGAUAGCACAGCGGGUAGGGCAUUCGCCUUGCAUGCGGCCGACCUGGGUUUGAUUCCCAGCAUCCCAUGUGGUCCCCUGAGCAUCGCCAGGGGUAAUUCCUGUGUGCAGAGCCAGGAGUAACCCCUGAGUAUCGCUGGGUGUGACCCAAAAAAGCAAAAAAGAAUGUUUCCUGUUUAACAAAAUUAUAAACACCA